GCCACGGUUUCAGUCCAGUCCGGUCGAGCCGCUACGAGCAACACGACGUCUUCAGUGAGUUUUGAUGAGUGAGUGCCAAAGAUGGAAGAAACGAAAACAGAAAUCAAAUCGAAGAUCUCCUUCAGUGUGGAGUCGCUGCUGUCGAAGAAGGAGGACGAGGAGGAUGACCACCGGUUGAGUGACGAUGACGAGAAUAUCACUGUGGAUGAUGACGAUACCGACGGGAGGGAGAGUCUGAGUCCCAGUUCGGCACACACGGUGAUUAUUCCACAGCCGCUGCAUCCCUCCAUGCCCAGGCUGGGGCAUCCGCAGUGGCCCUUCGCCUGGGGGUCCCUCAUGCGCUCCUCCUCGCCACAAACUAGCGCCCCCACGGGUCCCCCCAUCGUGCGCUGCGCCCUCCGGAAGCACAAACCCAACCGAAAGCCCCGGACUCCGUUCACCACUCAGCAACUCCUCGCCCUCGAGAAGAAAUUCCGGGACAAGCAGUACUUGAGCAUAGCUGAAAGAGCGGAGUUUUCCAGUUCGCUCCGGUUGACGGAAACCCAAGUCAAGAUUUGGUUCCAGAACCGGCGGGCGAAGGCCAAGAGGCUGCAGGAGGCCGAGUUGGAGAAGUUGCGACUGUCGGCGCGGCCCCUCCUGCCCCCGAGUUUCGGGAUUUUUCCGGGCGGAGGGCCGCCGCUCGUGAGCCCCUUUCUGGCGGCCAUGGCCCAUCGGCCGCCGCAUUUCGCCUUUCCGGGCGCUCCGGGCCACAUCCUCAACAUCCCCCAAUGACAGUGAGUGAGUUGUGGAGUGCAAUUUUUCGAUAAGACUGACUAGACUUUCUGUUUUUGUAUAAAUGUGAGUUUUGUUUAUGAUGAUGAUGUACAAAAGUUUAUUUAAUUUCGUUGUAUUAUAAUGUACAUAGGAGGAUAUUAAAUGUUUGUUUUUAAA